AUGUUGAUUUUAAUUCUUAUUAUCGUUAUCAUUCUAAUUUGUUUAAUUGUUAUUUGGUUAUUAAAUACAUUAGGUUUAUUUAAACCAAUUUCGAUCAAAAUUACACAACCACCAUUUAAUGAAUUAACUAUAGUAUAUAAAUUUCAACGUGGUGAUUAUUCUAAAUCAAGUGAUAUAUUCAAAGAUAUUGAUAAAUAUUCAUCAUCUCAUGAUAAA